GGGAGCUCUGGGGGGCGGCACAGGAGCAGAACCGGGUUGCUGACGGGCCAGCGCUUCGUGGUUUGAAUGGCUGCGGGCCCGGGCCCUGAGCACAUCUGAAGAGCCGCGGCCUCAGGGUGCGCCAUGGCAUCUGGAGGCAAUCAGUCGCCACCGCCUCCUUCUGCUGCUGCAGCCAGCUCGGAGGAAGAGGAGGAGGAUGGUGACGCCGCGGAUCGGGCGCAGCCCGCGGGGUCCCCGAGCCAUCAGAUCCAGCAGCGGUUCGAGGAGCUAUGCAGCCGCCUUAACAUGGACGAAGCGGCGCGUGCCGAGGCCUGGAGCAGCUACCGUAGCAUGAGCGAGAGCUACACGCUGGAGGGCAAUGAUCUUCACUGGUUAGCAUGUGCCUUAUAUGUGGCUUGCAGAAAAUCUGUUCCGACUGUGAGCAAAGGGACUGCUGAAGGAAACUAUGUGUCCUUAACUCGAAUCCUUCGAUGUUCGGAGCAGAGCCUGAUUGAAUUUUUUAACAAGAUGAAGAAGUGGGAAGACAUGGCAAAUCUACCCCCACAUUUCCGAGAACGUACUGAAAGGUUAGAAAGAAACUUCACUGUUUCUGCUGUGAUUUUUAAGAAAUAUGAACCCAUUUUUCAAGACAUUUUUAAAUAUCCCCAAGAAGAACAACCUCGACAGCAAAGAGGAAGAAAACAGAGGCGACAGCCUUGUACCACAUCUGAAAUUUUCCAUUUUUGUUGGGUGCUUUUUAUAUAUGCAAAAGGAAACUUCCCCAUGAUUAGUGAUGAUCUGGUCAAUUCCUACCAUCUUCUGCUGUGUGCACUAGAUUUAGUUUAUGGAAAUGCCCUACAAUGUUCUAACCGGAAGGAACUUGUGAACCCUAAUUUUAAAGGCCUGUCAGACGACUGUCACCCCAAGGACUUUAAGCCCUCCUCUGACCCACCAUGUGUCAUUGAGAAGCUCUGCUCCUUACACGACGGUCUAGUGUUGGAAGCUAAGGGGGUAAAGGAGCAUUUCUGGAAACCCUAUAUCCGGAAACUUUUUGAAAAAAAGCUCCUCAAGGGGAAGGAAGAAAAUCUCACUGGCUUCCUGGAGCCGGGAAACUUUGGAGAGAGUUUUAAGGCUGUUAAUAAGGCGUAUGAAGAAUACGUGUUGGCCGCUGGGAAUCUGGAUGAGCGGAUAUUUCUCGGCGAGGAUGCGGAGGAGGACGUCGGGACUCUCUCGCGGUGUCUAAGCGCUGCCUCGGGGACAGAGAGCGCUGAGCGAGCGCAGGUGAGAGACAUCUGGCAGCAGCAUCUUGACAAGUCUAAAGCACAUAGAGUCUGCACACCACUGACUGGCGUGAGAUAUGCUCAGGAGGACAGCCCUUGUGUGACUCCCGUCUCCACAGCAACACACAGCCUGAACCGCCUUCACACCAUGCUGGCCGGCCUCAGGAAUGCACCCAGUGAGAAGCUGGAGCAGAUACUCAGGUCAUGUUCCCGAGAUCCAACUCAGGCUAUCACUGACAGAUUGAAAGAAAUGUAUGAAAUAUAUUCUCAGCACUUCCAGCCAGAUGAGAAUUUUAGUAAUUGUGCUAAAGAAAUUGCCAACAAACAUUUUCGUUUUGCAGAAAUGCUUUACUAUAAAGUAUUAGAGUCUGUUAUUGAGCAAGAACAAAAAAGAUUGGGAGACAUGGAUUUAUCUGGUGUUCUGGAACACGAUGCGUUCCACAGGUCACUCUUGGCCUGCUGCCUUGAGGUGGUUGCUUUUUCCUAUAAGCCUCCCGGGAACUUUCCAUUUAUUGCUGAAAUAUUUGAUGUCCCACAUUAUCAUUUUUAUAAGGUAAUCGAAGUGUUUAUUAGAGCAGAAGAUGGUCUCUGCAGGGAAGUGGUCAAACACCUCAAUCAGAUUGAAGAACAGAUUUUAGACCAUUUGGCGUGGAAAACCAAGUCCCCACUGUGGGACAGAAUUAGAGAUAAUGAAAACAGAGUUCCUACAUGUGAAGAGGUCAUGCCACCUCAAAACCUAGAGAGAACAGAUGAAGUUUAUAUUGCUGGCUCUCCCUUAACCCCGAGAAGGGUGGGUGAAGUUCGUGCUGACGCUGGAGGACUUGGAAGAAGUAUAACAUCUCCAACCACAUUGUAUGACAGAUAUAGUUCCCCAACAGUCAGCACCGCUAGAAGGCGACUAUUUGAGAAUGAUAGUCCCUCUGAAGGAAGCACAUCCGGGCGCGUCCCCCCACAACCCCUAGUCAACGCUGUCCCCGUGCAGAAUGUAUCUGGGGAGGCUGUUUCUGUCACACCAGUUCCUGGACAGACCUUGGUCACUAUGGCAACAGCCACUGUCACGGCCAACAAUGGACAAACAGUGACCAUUCCAGUACAAGGUAUUGCCAACGAAAAUGGAGGGAUAACAUUCUUCCCAGUCCAAGUCAAUGUCGGGGGCCAGACACAGGCUGUGACUGGCUCUAUCCAACCCCUCAGUGCUCAAGCUCUGGCUGGAAGUCUGAGUUCCCAACAGGUGACAGGAACAACUUUGCAAGUCCCUGGUCCGGUGGCCAUUCAACAGAUCUCCCCUGGUGGACAACAGCAGAACCCAGGCCAGCCGUUAGCCAGCAGCAGUAUCAGGCCACGGAAGACUAGCUCCUUAUCACUUUUCUUUAGAAAGGUUUACUACUUAGCCGGUGUCCGCCUUCGAGAUCUUUGUACAAAACUAGAUAUUUCAGAUGAACUGAGGAAAAAAAUUUGGACCUGCUUUGAAUUCUCUAUAAUCCAGUGUACUGAACUUAUGAUGGACAGACAUCUGGACCAGUUGUUAAUGUGUGCCAUUUAUGUGAUGGCAAAGGUCACUAAAGAAGACAAGUCCUUCCAGAAUAUCAUGCGUUGUUACAGGACUCAGCCACAGGCCCGGAGCCAGGUUUACAGAAGUGUCUUGAUAAAAGGGAAAAGAAGAAAUUCUGGCAGCAGUGAGAGCAGAAGCCAUCAGAAUUCUCCAACAGAACUAAAUACAGACAGAGCCAGUAGAGAUUCCAGUCCAGUUAUGAGGUCAAACAGCACCUUACCAGUUCCACAGCCCAGCAGUGCCCCUCCUACACCAACUCGACUCCCAGGUGCCAACAGUGACAUUGAGGAGGAGGAGAGAGGAGACCUCAUUCAGUUCUACAACAACAUCUAUAGGAAACAAAUCCAAACAUUUGCCAUGAAGUACUCACAGGCAAACGUGCAGAUGGACACUCCUCCCCUCUCUCCCUAUCCAUUUGUAAGAACAGGCUCCCCUCGCCGAGUACAGUUAUCUCAAAGUCAUCCUAUUUACAUUUCUCCACAUAAGAACGAAGCGAUGCUUUCUCCUCGAGAAAAGAUUUUUUACUACUUCAGCAACAGCCCAUCAAAGAGACUGAGAGAAAUUAACAGUAUGAUACGGACAGGAGAGACUCCAACUAAAAAGAGAGGGAUUCUCUUGGAUGAUGGAAGUGAAUCACCUGCAAAAAGGAUCUGCCCAGAAAAUCAUUCUGCCCUGUUACGUCGUCUCCAAGCUGUAGCUAAUGACCGAGGUUCGCACUGAGGUUAGUGUCCAGGCGGGAGCAGUCUCACAUCAACUGUUUAGCAGGACAUCGUGCAUGCAGGAUUAUGGAACCUUUCUCUGUAACCCUGCACCUGAUUAGAGGCAGGUAUAAAAGGGAAGCGCCUCUGACUCGGUGUGGCAGUAAAUGCCUGUUACCCCAUCACCCACGGGGUAGAGGGCAAGAGGACCAGGAGCUUAAGGCCAACCUGAGCUAAUAGCAUGUCUGAGGCCAACUUGGACUACAUGUAACCCUUACCCAAAAAAAGAAAAGCAGAAGGGACAUUCUGGUAAGAAAUUGGACUUAUCCCAGUAUCCUUCGCUUUCCUUCAUCCCAGCUGCCUCUUCUUCUCCUUAGUGCUCACCUUCAACCCUGCUCAGAAUCCACACCUGGGUAUUUUAACUCUGGUGAACUUGUAUAAGUACUGCAGAAAGCAAAUCUUUAGAGGCUUUUGUAGGUAGGCCCCAGGAAAGGAACUGUAUUUAAAUUCAUUUCCACUUGCACAUAGUUAGGCCCAACCAUGUGUUUUAGGAUGAGUACACCUGAGACGUUUGCAAACAAAACAGAGGGGUGGCCCUGACGGCAGCCCUGAGCAUUCUCCCUUCCUCACUGUACGGUAGGUACAGUGUGAGAGUCGUGCAAUGGCUAAAUGAACCUGUGUAAGUGGUGGCACUUUAGGGCUGUACGAUGCAUUGCAUUGUGACCCAGGUUUCGCUGUUUAUGAUGGCACUUUCCACAGUGUGAAUGUAAGUAGGUGCAAGCCUUCUAGGCUGAGGCUAAAUAGCUAGUAUUUUCUUUAAUGCUUUUCUUAAAAGACUGCUGAUAUAGCUACACAUUCUGGCCAUUUGUGGUAGUGGCGUCAGUAGGGAUCAUUUAGCUAAAUAAGGAUUUUUAAAUCAAGUUGAAUUCAGAGUAUUUGAAAAAUUUUGACCCCUUCCUUUUGGAAGUAGUUAUCCCAAAGAAACUAUCUUUGAGGGUAUUCUGGAAGUUAAAAAAUAGGUUGGAGAAUUUAGGUUUUUAUUAGUACACAGUACCGUUUAUACAAAUUAGAAAAUUAUUUAACAGCUAUUGAUUAUCUACGCAUAUCUUUAUUAAUCAUUGUUGUCAAGUUGUUUUUAAGUUGGAUUAAUAAUCCUAAGGAGAGAAUUCAAUUGUAAAUUGGAUCAUGAUAAACCAAGUUACUAGGUAACUUCACGCUGCUCUGACGCACCAGCUGAGAGCUCACCGCCUCACACUACCCCAGAGCAGUGCUCUACAGAGCACUUAGAAACCCUUAGUACCGCUACUGUAAUUUUAUAUGAAAAUAUGUGUAUUUUUCAAUAAAGCACUUAUAAAUUAGUCUCCGUUUAGUUAUAUUGAAAAGGAGCAUUACUUUCCUGCAUAAAUGACAAUCAAUCAUUUAUUGGUUUAUUUCAUCUCCACUAACACAUCGGUCAUUCACCAUUUAAAUACCUGACUUCAUCAGAAACCGUUUGAACACUUUUCUCUUCUUCCUGUCAUAAAAAUACAGUAAUUUGCCUUAAAAAAAAAAAAAACCAAA